AUGGUGGUAGUUGGAAAAUCUAAUAAACCACGUGCAUUCAAAAACAUUGAUUUACCUGUACACUAUUAUGGACAAAAAAGUGCGUGGAUUACAAAAGAUCUUUUCAAAAAGUGGUUCGAUGAAUGUUUCGUACCAGAAGUUACAAAAUGGUUGAAAGAUCAUAAUUUUUCUCAAAAAGCGUUAUUGCUUCUUGAUAACGCUCCCGGCCAUCCGUCUGAAGAAGAACUGACAACUAAUGAUAAAUGCAUCACUGCGAUGUUUCUUCCGCCAAACUGCACUGCACUGAUUCAACCCAUGGAUCAGCACAUAAUUCAGUUUGUAAAGCAAGAUUAUAAGAAAACCCUACUUCUAAAAGCCUGGAAUGCAUUACCUUCAUCAACUAUUACAUCGUCUUGGAAAAAGUUAUGGCCAGAUAUAGUCGCCAAUCCUACCAACGAUCCACAAAUCAGUGUACCUACGGAAUUAAUAGAGCAAAUUGCUGCUGAAACCCAAAUAAGUCCGGAAAAUUUGGAAACCUGGUGCCGUGGAAUGGAUAAAGAGAAAAAUAUUUUUUAUGAAAUGUCUGACGAAGAGAUUAUAAAAGAGAUUUCUACACCAAUAAAUCAGGAAGAUGAUGACGAAGUAAUUACAACUACUCCGCCAGUGAAAGCACAAGAUGCAAUGAAUGCCUUUGAGCUGGGUUUGCAAUGGGCUGAAGAAAAUGGUGCAUCCUACAACGAACUUCUACUUUUGAGAAGACUGAGAGACAAAGCUUUAUUCUCGCGUUUCAACAAUGUGAAACAAAAAAAAAUUGAUUAA